AUGUCCCCAUUGUUCAGCUGGGUGGCCAAGGUAGGCGCGCUCGGCGGGCUCGGUCCAGCCGCGGACUUGGCUGAUGUUCGCCCGCAGAUGUUCGCCCGCAGUUUCCAGCCGAGUCAACCGUGGCUGGAAGAAGGGAGCAGAGCCCCGCGGGGAAAAGGAGCAGCAAAGGAGUGUGAAGUGCCUGAAAUUAUAAGCUCUAUUCGUCAAGCUGGAAAAAUUGCUCGUCAAGAAGAGUUUCAAAAUAAUCUCUCUGAUGUUGAAGACCCUUUUGCCAAAAAGUUUGAGGUGCUGUUCUGUGGACGGGUGACAGUAGCACAUAAAAAUGCACCUCCAGCACUCAUAGAUGAAUGCAUUGAGAAAUUUAAUCGUGCAAGUUGUACAGAAAAUUCAGAUUUCGACUCGUCAUCCCAACAACAUGAAACUGCCAAUAACUUCAGAGGCUUCUCUUUCAGCAACAAAUUUCGGUCUGUCUUUCAGCCCUUGGUCAGCGAAGAGGAGGAGAGAAGGCCAAUUAGAAAAUCUUUUUCUCAGCCUGGGCUUCGUUCCUUUGCUUUUAAGAAGGAUUUCCAAGAGGGAAGCCAUAGGAGUAACAGCUUUAUCAGGUCUUUUGAAGAAGAUGCAAUUUCACUGAACCUAAAAAGUCAACUUAUCUAUGGACACAGUGUUGUGCAGCCAACUGACAUUGCAGAAAACCGGACGAUGUUGUUUACGAUUGGCCAGUCUGAAGUUUACCUUAUCAGUCCUGACACAAAAAAAGUAGCAAUUGAAAAAAGCUUUAAAGAAAUAUCCUUUUGUUCUCAGGGAAUUAGACAUGUGGAUCACUUUGGGUUCAUCUGCAGAGAAUCUUCAGAAAAUGGAGGCUUCCACUUUGUGUGCUAUGUGUUUCAGUGUACAGAUGAAGCACUGGUUGAUGAAAUCAUGAUGACAUUGAAACAGGCUUUCACUGUGGCUGCUGUGCAACAAACUUCCAAGGCACAGCCCCAGCUCUGCGAAGGAUGUCCUAUGCAGAGCUUGCAUAAACUUUGUGAAAAGAUAGAAGGGUUGCACCCUUCUAAGACUAAACUAGAACUGCAAAAGCAUCUAACAACACUAAACAACCAGGAACAGGCCUCUGUUUUUGAAGAGGUUAAGAAAUUAAGACCAAGAAAUGAUCAGAAAGAGAAUGAGUUGGUUAUCUCUGUUCUGAGAAACAUGUAUGAAGAAAAACAGAAGGACCAUGUUCAUGUUGGAGAAGCAAAACAGACCUCCCAGCCACCUGCGGAGAAUGCUGUAAACGAGGUGCCCAGCAGUGCUCCGAGGUUCAGAUUAGAUAUGUUAAAGAACAAAGCCAAAAGGUCACUGACAGAAUCAUUUGAAAGUAUUUUAUCACGU